UAUCUCAGCAUCCAACGCGCUUGGAUCACGGAACGAGGGCAGGGAAUGUUUGCGUCACAAGAGAUGUGUGAGAUAUUCAUUGCAUUUUGUUCCUUCUAUAACAAUAUUUCGAAGUAGCUAGCGCCUUUCUUCGCCUUUCUUUAUUUCCAAGGCCCCUCAAUUCUUUCUUUCUUUUCUUCCUUCUUGAAACACUGCCCUGACGGGCUGUUCGCGCACUACGCCGCGCUUUUGCCAUUUGACCAGGGGUUUUGCAGCCGCCCGUUUUUGACAACCCACCAUUGAGCUAUUUGCGAAAAGCAAUAAUGUUGUCUGAGGAUUACCCAAGUCGUAGUGGUAACCCCGCGUUCCCAACCGUGGGAUCCUCCGACGAAGCCACGCCCUCGGCGUCCCCUUCUUUUUCCUCAGACAAAGAGAAUCGAACUUCGGCCAGGCGGUCAGACAAAAGGAAAACCGGCCAUCUAACAUCCAAGGCGACACAGCUCUCUCAAGCAAUGACGGACGCGCCGAAUAAGAGACGAAGGCUGUCAGAAAAAGGAGUCUCAGAUCGCCAAAGCCAGGCUCCACCCCGACCGCCACGACAUGUCCAAGAUUCCGAUCUAUAUGACCCGGACCAGGACCCAGAGGAACGCAGGAAGAUUAGAAAAGGGUUUAGAGACCUUGUGACGAAUCUGAACGAUUCUCGCGCGGAAUACCUCCAACCGGGUUCUGAUGGUAUCCGCACCACGCUAGAUAAAGCAAAUGAGCUAUACAAAUCCGUGAAACAAACCUCAGACGCCACCAUAGAUUCUCGACUGCUCGUGUCGGCGGCCGAUCUGUCAUAUAGACGCACUGCAAAAGCGGUUUUAGGCGAUGGCGAGACUGGUAUUGACGUGGACGAGUUUGUGUCCAAAUGUAUUUCAUUCAUGCGCCAAGGACCCAGGGGGGAGGAGCCUUCGUUCUCCAGCACCCAGAGACGACGCCGUCGCGUUACGGGCAAUGAUCCCACGGAGGAAGACAGCGACGAAGAAGAAGGGGAUCCCCUUAAUUGGGACUGGCUUGGUAGGAAAGCCUGCUUCCCCCAUAACAUACGCCCGUCUCUUUCUGGAUUUUUACUCGGUCCUCUAUCAGUACAGAAACGGUUUCGACAACAGACUCAAAGAAGGGCAAGGCAAGAGCGGUUGGACCCUUCCCAGCUUAACAGGCCUAACGAUCUUGAAGCGGCAGACAUCGACACGCAGGAGGUGUCGAACUUGACUGCCAUGUGCACUGAUAUUAGAGAGCUUCUGGUAAAAACCCAGUCGCAUGGCGAGGCGCUUGUCAACGAAGAACUCUGCAAAAUGGGAUCGGACGUUUCGGAGGACGUCGUCCAGGAGGUGAUGGGUAAACAUGCGAUUUCAGAUGAUGGCGGCGUACCAUUAUUCCGAUUCUGCAUAAAUCCAAAAUCCUUCGGGCAGACGGUUGAGAAUCUCUUCUAUAUCAGCUUCUUGGUUCGUGACGGCAGUGUGGGUAUAUCGCUUGAUAGCAAUCGACUCCCUACUCUGCUCCCCUCUCAGCCUGCUGCACCGUCUGAAGCGCAGGCUAAGAAGCUGAAAAAGCAUCAAACCGUUUUCAGCCUUGAUUUCGAGACAUGGGAAAAUCUAAUCGAAGUGUUCGAUAUCCGGGAGCCCUUGAUUCCGCAUCGAAUUGACGAGGCAACGGAAUCGGAAAAUACAGAAAGGACUUCUGGAUGGCAUGGCUAGAAGCGAAAUCGUGCCAAUUUGCGUCGCAGAAUAUACCCAGUCCCUCCCCAUUUUCGUAUUGAUAUUCAGUGUUUUCUGCAACUUUUGAUUUAUUUAUUCCCCCCUCUCCCCACCCCCCCAAUCUAUUCUUCACUUGACUCCCGCUUUGCAACUUAUAUUUCUCUUUUGUGUCACAUUUCUUGGCGCAUUCUUACUAGCCUCCAUCUUUUUUAAUUAAUUUAUUCAUGCUCUGCAAUGUGCAUUAUUAUUGAAGCUCUGAAACUUACAUACACAUUUUUUGUUAUGUUUACUGAGGCUGCCCGUAUUUUAUCUUGGGUUCUGAUGUUGGGAUGCACCUUUAAUUCUUCACAUGCGCGCGACAAUCCGAACAUGUAGAAUAAAAGCUACUUGACCCCUGGAGACCAUCGUUUUGGACACCAAUUCAACUGGUUACGUUAAUAAGCUAGAAUUAAUAAGUACUCCGUACUCCGUGCAGGU